GUCCGCGCGACUGUCGUUGUCGUAGUCGUCGUCAUCGUUGUCGUCGUCGUCGUUGUCGUCGUCGUCGUCGUCGUCUGUCCGGUACAGUCACGAACGCACAUUAAACAUAACAUUAUAUUAAAAUAAUUAUUAUCACUAUUAUUAUUAUUAUCAUCAUCAUAUAUAUAAUACAUCCGUUUCUUAACCCACUUAAUAAUAUAAUAUCAUUAUAUUUUGACGGCGAUGGCCAGUGGUAACCUCGGUCACCGCGGUACAACAACACCGGUCGUGGUCGUGGCGGUCUCGCGUUGUCGUAUCCGCCGUCGUCAUACCGCCGUUGUCGCAUAGUACAUAAUAAUAUCGCUGUCGCGGGGUCGUAUCGGACGGGCGCGCGCGACGUCAUCUCGAUCGCAAUCAUUGCCACCGGUAGCUGUGCGAGUGCCGGACGACUGACGGCGGCGAGGUGUUACAAAAUAUUAUGCUGUAGCGUCAAGCGACGGAAAAGGCGGAAAAAAAAAUUAAAAACCAGACGACCGGCAAUAGUGGCGGCGGUGCGGGCGCCGCCGGACGCAGUGCCGCAUGGCCGCGGUGGCUGGACUUUACGGGUUCGGCGACGAUUCCAGGACUGUGGCCGCCCGGUUCGUGGAGAGACAGCGGUUGGCCAACAGGGAUUCGCCCACAGACACGUCGCUGCCGAAACUCAGUACCCAAGACGAAGACGGCUGUGGUCCAGGGGCAAAUCUUGGCACAGGCCUCACACACGGUCAUCCUCAACACUGUUCGGGGAGCGCGACAUUCGAACCGAUACCGCACGACCACGAUUUCUGCGAAAGAGUUACAAUCAACGUGAGCGGUAUGAGGUUCGAGACGCAGCUACGGACGUUGAACCAGUUCCCGGACACGCUGCUGGGAGACCCGUGUCGGAGGAUGCGGUACUUCGAUCCGCUGCGCAACGAGUACUUCUUCGACAGGAACCGGCCGACGUUCGACGCCAUACUCUACUAUUACCAGAGUGGUGGCCGACUGAGGAGGCCAACUACUGUGCCGUUGGACGUGUUCUCCGAGGAGAUAAAGUUCUAUGAGCUCGGUGAACUGGCCACCAAUAAAUUUAGGGAAGAAGAGGGUUUUAUAAAAGAAGAAGAGAAACCACUGCCAAAGCCCGAGUUCCAGCGGAAGGUGUGGCUGCUGUUCGAGUACCCGGAGAGCUCCCAAGCCGCCCGAGUGGUGGCUAUCAUAUCCGUGUUCGUCAUACUGUUAUCCAUCGUUAUAUUCUGCCUGGAAACAUUGCCAGAGUUUAAACACUACAAGGUGUUCAAUACGACGACCAAUGGUACAAAGAUCGAGGAGGAUGAGGUGCCCGACAUCACCGACCCGUUCUUUUUGAUCGAGACCAUUUGUAUCGUAUGGUUCACGUUCGAGCUGUCCGUCCGCUUUCUCGCCUGCCCCAACAAGUUACACUUCUUCAAGGACGUGAUGAAUACGAUCGACAUAAUCGCCAUAAUACCAUAUUUCAUCACGUUGGCAACGGUGAUUGCCGAGGAGGAGGACCCUACGAUGAAUCUGCCCAAGGCGCCGCAGAACCCACAAGACAAGAGCACCAACCAGGCCAUGUCACUGGCCAUACUUAGAGUCAUCCGGCUUGUGAGGGUUUUCAGGAUAUUCAAACUUUCCCGACAUUCCAAGGGACUGCAAAUUCUCGGGCGUACCUUGAAAGCCUCUAUGCGAGAACUGGGAUUGCUCAUAUUUUUCUUGUUUAUCGGUGUGGUGCUAUUCUCGAGCGCGGUGUACUUCGCUGAAGCCGGCUCAGAGAAUUCCUUCUUCAAGUCCAUCCCGGACGCAUUCUGGUGGGCUGUUGUUACCAUGACGACUGUGGGCUAUGGUGACAUGACACCAGUGGGCGUGUGGGGGAAAAUUGUCGGCUCGCUGUGCGCGAUUGCCGGUGUGCUCACAAUCGCACUGCCCGUGCCCGUCAUCGUGUCCAACUUCAACUAUUUCUAUCACAGAGAGACUGACCAAGAAGACAUGCAAUCGCAGAACUUCAACCACGUCACCAGCUGCCCUUAUCUUCCCGGUACUUUAGGUCAACACAUGGUGAAAUAUCCGUCGGGUGGUGACUCGACGUCGGACCUGAUGGAUUUGGAGUCGGCCGACAAUUGCCUGCUGGACGCCGAGCUGGACGAACCGCCACUGUCGUUGCCGCCGCCGCAGCAACCCAAAAAGUUCAACAGCUGCGCCACCGUGGUCAGGCUCAACAACAAUAGCAUCAAAAGGUUCAGUGUCGAAACUGACGUCUGACUAGCAGUAUUCAAAUUGCAAUCCGGCGGCCGUCCAGGUCUCCAAACGCCUAUAAGGUGCUGUGCUGUGAUAGCUAAGAUGUUUCCUUCGUUAAGUUACCUCCGACAAGUUUAUUUAUAAUAUUUUUUUAAGCGAAUAUUAAUAACGAUAAUAAAAAUUGUACUCGGAAUCCCACUCUUUUGAUGGGAUAAUUUUCUAAUAAUAUAAUAUGUUACAUAUACUACCGCAAUUAUUAUUAUCCACAGCCGUGAGGAAAAAAUACA